UGCUGUUUGAUUGGCAGCAGGGAACGAGAGAAUCAUUUUUUUUUUCUUUUUUUUUUUAACCUAAGGCUAUGCUCUGUGAUUGGCUCUCCUGCUGACAUCUCCAAACUCCCCGUUCCCCCUUCAUCUUUUAAUAUCUGCCUCUGGAUGAGCUGAGAAAGAAAGAGAGAGGGAGAAAAGGAGCUACCUAGAGGAGGAGGAGGAGAGAGAGACAGCAAGAGCAAGAGCCAGGGCUCGGGUUAGAGACUGAGAGCCUGACAGGAAGGCUUUGCAGCAGCAGACAUCUGCUUUCUUCAGCGUUCACUGAUAAAGAAGUGAGAACACCGACCUCCCCGCUCACUGUCACAAGGAGCAGGCAGCCCUUGGUGCCUCAUGGAUUUGAACCUGCUCGGAUCUCUCCUGUGUAUCUGGCUGAGCAGCUCCACAGUGUUCGGCGGCUAUCCCAUCUGGUGGUCUCUAGCCCUAGGGCAGCAGUAUUCUUCCCUAGGCACUCAGCCCAUUCUCUGUGGAUCCAUUCCAGGCCUGGUACCAAAGCAGCUACGAUUCUGCCGAAACUACAUUGAAAUCAUGCCCAGUGUGGCAGAGGGCAUUAAACUGGGAAUCCAAGAGUGCCAGCACCAGUUCCGGGGUCGCCGAUGGAACUGUACCACAGUAGAGGACAACUUGGCCAUCUUCGGCCCAGUGCUUGACAAAGCAACGCGGGAGUCGGCCUUCGUCCAUGCCAUCGCUUCUGCCGGAGUGGCCUUUGCCGUGACUCGAUCCUGUGCCGAGGGACGUCCACCAUUGUGCGGAUGCGACUCUCACCACAAGGGCCCCCCGGGUGAGGGCUGGAAGUGGGGAGGCUGCAGCGAGGAUGCAGAAUUUGGGGUCCUCGUGUCCCGCGAGUUUGCCGACGCCAGAAACCGUCCGGAUGCCCGCUCAGCCAUGAACCGUCACAACAAUGAAGCUGGCCGACAGACCAUCCUGGACCACAUGCACCUCAAGUGCAAAUGCCACGGCCUGUCGGGCAGCUGGGAGGUGAAGACCUGCUGGUGGGCUCAGCCCGACUUCCGCAUCCUGGGGGAUUUUCUCAAAGACAAGUACGACAGCGCCUCCGAGAUGGUGGGGGAGAAACACCGGGAGUCGCGCGGCUGGGUGGAGACCCUGCGGGCCAAGUACGCCUUCUUCAAGCACCCCACCGAGCGGGACCUGGUCUACUACGAUAGCUCGCCCAACUUCUGCGAGCCCACCCCCGAGGACGGGCUCCUUCGGGACGCGGGACCGGCGUGCAACGUCACCUCGCACGGCAUCGAGGGCUGCGACCUGCUGUGCUGCGGCCGGGGCAACAACCGCGGACUGAGAAGCGCAAAGGAGAAGUGCCACUGCAUAUUCCACUGGUGCUGCUACGUCAGCUGCCAGGAGUGCGUGAGGGUCUACGACGUGCACACCUGCAAGUAGCGGCGCCCCGGGGCCACAGAGACGUCACACGUAGCACUUGCUAGGGAACAGCGUAAGAGAUGCCGCGCCAGCUCACUUACUCACGACCACCUACUGUAUAACCAGACACGAUGCCAACUGACCCUAGCCUAACUAGUGAGGGACGGGCCUGAGCCAGAGUGACCGUGACCCUCCUCCGUUGGGCUCCACCCCACACG